AUGGAAGUCACGUCCUCCUUCAAUGAGCUCCUCAAGGCACGGCAGGCCCCUCCCACCCGGUCCACCCUCACCCUCGACCAGAUCGACGGCUUCCUCAAGACGGCUUCCUCCAUCAACCGCGAGAUUACCACUCUGCACCAUGAGCUCUCCUCCAUCCGACAGGCCUACCUCUCGACAGCCGCCCCACGCAAGACGCACCUGCGACGGAGCGCGGACGCACAGCAGCAACAGCCAGCGUAUCUGACCGACGCGGACCGCAACAUUAUUGACAGGGAUGCCAAGGACAUGCUGCGGGCGCUCAGCGCGCGGAUUAAUGUGCUCACGCAGGAAGAGAUCAAGAGACAGGAGGCGGCGGCGGGUGCGAUCAAGCAAAAAUAUGCGCGAGGCCUGCGGGCUCUGACGGGGUGGGCCGCAGGCGGCGGCGGAUCCGAGCGCGAUGGCAGUGCAGCGAGCACCAGGAGCCCAGAGCAUGCAGCAGCCAUCGAUCAGGAGCGGCAGGUCGUCGAGCACCGUGGGGGCGUGAUUGUGUACCUGCAGCAGAAGCUGCAGGCGGCAGCGGCGCUGCAGCGUACAAUGAUGGAGACCAGACUGGCGAGGGAGAUGGAGAAGAACAGGACGCUGGACGAGGAGAAUGCGGCGUCCAGGAAGAGAGGACAGGCUACAGACCUAGAUCUUACGGACGAGCAGAAACAGAUGUUUGAGAGGGACAACCAGGACAUGGUGAGGCAUUACAACAGCGCUACGGAGAAGGUCAGGACCGUGGAGAGGUCGCUGGUGGAGAUUGCUGAGCUCCAGCAGAUGCUCGUGGAGAACCUGACGGUGCAGUCGGCGCACAUCGACCAGCUGGUGGCAGACUCGGAGAGAACAGAGGAGAACGUGGGCGGCGGCAACAAGCACCUGCAGAAGGCGACACAAAGGAAGUUUAGCCAGGCGCGCAUGACGUUUUAUGCGGCCAGCGCGUUGUGCACAUUCCUGAUUGUGUGGGAUCUGAUAAUAUGA